GAUCGAUUUUCAGGCAAUCAGAAGAGAGGACUGUUUCCUGUCAACUCCAACCUCCAUCAGCUGAUUUCGAGGACGUGCGUUUAUUUAUGUUUUCAUAUUGUGGCUCAAAAUGGCAGAUGUGAAGUCUCUUGAACACCCUACCUUAAAAGUUCCCUAUGAAAUUUUGAACAAGAAAUUCAGAACUGCUCAGAAGACAUUAGACAGGGAAGUUUCACAUGUUCAACAGACAGCAUCACUCAUAGAAGUCUCUUUGAAUACACCAGACGUUAGGGCAAAAGACAUAUCUUCUUUACUAGGAGGCAUGGUUGAAAAACUGCAAGUUCUCAAAAGGAAAGCUGAAGAGAGCAUUUCUGAGGAACUAGCAGCUUCCACAGUUUGUAAACGGCGUCUGGAACACCUCAAAGAACACAAUACUCUGACUCCCAGUGGAACAGUCUCUCAGGGGGCACUGAACCAAUGGCGGCGCAAAAGGUUGGACAGAAUGGUGGUUGAAUACUUUCUCAGAAAUGGGUACUACAAUGCUGCUAUUACACUAGCUGGCAGGUCUGAUAUCAAAGAUUUAACUAAUAUUGAUAUAUUCCUGACAUCCCGGGAAGUGGAAAAGUCCCUAGCAAACAGAGAGACCUCGAAGUGUCUCAUCUGGUGCCAUGACAACAAGUCGAAGUUGCGCAAGCUCAAGUCCAAUAUGGAGUUCAACCUGCGGAUACAGGAGUUCGUGGAGCUGAUCAGGUCCGAUCGCAGGAUCGAGGCCAUCAAGCAUGCCAGGAAGCAUUUCCCGAGCUUCGAGGAUGAGCACCUGGGGACCAUUCAGCAGGUCAUGGCUCUCUUGGCGUUCUCAGUCAAUACAGUAAUUGUUCCAUAUAAGAAUUUAUUCGAUGAGAAGAGAUGGGACACCCUGAUUGAACAGUUCAGACAAGAAAAUUACAGACUUUUCCAACUGGCUUCUCAGUCUGUGUUUACUGUUGCUUUGCAGGCAGGCCUAUCAGCACUGAAAACGCCUCAGUGUUAUUCGGAGAACUGCGAGAACAGGAACCCAUCUUGCCCGGUGUGCCAGCCCUAUCUGAACGAACUAGCCGAGGCGUUGCCUUUCGCUCAUUGCUCGCAGUCUCGGCUCUAUUGCAACAUCAGCGGGCUGCCGAUGAACGAGAACAACCAGCCGAUGAUGUUGCCCAACGGUCACAUAUAUGGAGAGCAGGAACCCGACAUGUCGUCUGCGCAGGUCCUCGACCCGCUGCCCCCGAAACCCGCCUCUGGGGGCGGCAACCCGAACAAGCCGCCCCCGAAGCCGCUCCACACCAACAACAAUAACAACAACUCGAAGCGCAAGAACAAGCACGGCGGCGGCGGCCGGAAGCGGUCGAAGAGCUUCUCGGCCGGCGGCGCGGGGCUCAUGAUCUGCCAGAAGCCGGUCCUGCCAUCGAAGUUCCUGUUGGGCGGCAACAUCAAGGACCCGCUCAAUUUGAACAGCUUGCAGGACGAGGAGAUCAACAGGGCCAUGAAUGCAGUGACCCCCAAGUCAUCACCUGUCCCCACUCCGCCCAGAAAAAAGUUCCAAAUUGAGGUUAUAAUUCCGAGGAACAUUCACGACCCCCUCAAUCUUACUGAUUGCGCUGACGAUGCUGAAUACGAGCAACAGCUUUCUUCAUCUAUCAAGAAGUCCAAGAAAAAACGCCUAAAAAAACGCCGGACCAUCUCCGGCACCAUGGACACGACCGCCGACUCGGUUGACCUCAUCACCGAAGCGAAAACCCCCGAAACGGCGACCGACUCGGCGAAAAUACCCGACGCCCCUCCCCCCGACCUCGCCACGCCCCCAGACGCCCGCGCAGAGGCGGUGCUCGAGCCGGCCACGCCCACCGCUAAGGAGGGGCAGAAGGCGACAGGCAAGCGCAAAGCCCCGCCCAAACCGCGUGCGGUGCAGGAGCUGGCGCUCGAGCUGGCCACACCAUCCAAGGCUCCGCCCACCGCUAAGAAGGAGGGGCAGAAGGUGGGGGGGAAGCGCAAGUCGGACGAAUACGGUCACAGCGCGAAGAAGUUCAAGAAUAGUGGUAUGGAUAAGAUCGUGAGUCCGGUGGUGCCGCAGCCGGGGGCGUGGCCGAAGCGGAGCGCCUUGUUGGGCAUGAACAAGAGGGCGAAACCGAGGCAGAACAAACCCGAGGGGGUGGGGAAGGAGCCACAGUUCAAGGAGAAGGACAAGCGGUUCCAGUACGGGAAUUAUAAUAGGUAUUACGGGUACCGCAACCCCAACAACGAAAUCGACCACCGGUUGCGCGUCUUCUCCCACCACCCCUAUCUGUUCGACAACAAAGACGUGCUCGACAUCGGCUGCAACAUCGGCCACAUAACUCACUCGGUAGCGAGAGAUUUUCGCGCCAAAACGGUGCUCGGCAUCGACAUCGAUCCGAAACUGAUUGCGAUCGCGCGAAAGAAUAUCAGGCACUACGUGAAGACGUCGGAAGGGUCUCCUAUUAUGGGGGAGGAGGGUUUGCAAACGGGGUCGAAAAAAAGUAGUGAGUUUUUCCCUAUAAGUAUGCCUAUAUUAUAUGGGGCCAUUGACGUUCCAGGAUACCACGAUAGGGUGAGCGAGAGGGGCAGUGGGUUCCCUAAUAAUGUCACUUUCAAACACUGCAACUACAUUCUCGAAGACGACAACCUGAUCGCCCUCGAGCAGCCCCAAUUCGACGUCAUCCUCUGUCUGAGCAUCACGAAGUGGAUCCACCUGAACUGGGGCGACGCCGGCAUGAGGCAGGCCUUCCGCCGGAUGUACGCCCAGCUGCGCCCCGGCGGCAAGCUGGUGCUCGAGCCGCAGAACUGGGCUGGUUACAAGAGCAAGAAGAAGUUGACGGACACAAUCUACAAGAACUACUCGUCGAUCGAGUUCUUCCCCGACAAGUUCCGCGAGUACCUGCUGUCGCCGGCCGUGGGCUUCGCGAAGGGCGAGAUCCUCGGCUAUCCCGCGCACCAGGCGAAGGGCUUCCGCCGGCCCGUGCAGGUGUUCACCAAGAGCACCAUGUUCCCGAGCGAGCGAGUCGAAGCGACGCCGAGCGAGGCGACGCCCAGCGUCGUCUCGUCGCUGGAUUCGUCGGCGUGCAAGACGGAGAAGUACGAAUCUCAGAACAGCGUCAGUCACGUGUACACGAACAUUAUCGACGACAGUUUUUGUGCCGUGUCGGACGAUAACGCUGACGUCAUCGAUAAGAUCGAUGACGUGUCGAAGCCCCGGAGGAGGCCUACGAUCAGUGAGAGGACUACGGCUAGUGAGGAGGGGGAGGGAGAGGAGUUUAGGAGUGGGGAAGGUCACGUGGAGGGGGACAGUGAGAUGAGUGAAGUUGUUGAACGGGAUAGUGCUCCCGAAGCGGGAGACAAUACUUAGGUUUAAGUAGAAUUGCUGGAGGAUUUUUUUUUCUUGUAAAUAAUUGUCGAUAUGCUAUUUUUUAUUGAAUCGAUUAGUUCAUAGAUUUGUAAAUAUGUAAAUGCUUGAAAGUAGUGGAGUCUUUUGAACGAUUUCUGGUCUUUUAAUACAGUCAAAACAUUUUAUUGAGUAGAUUUUUUUUUGCUUGUUGCACUUGGAUGAUGUAAACUUUUGUGAAUAAAAUAGGUUUCAUAGG